CCUCCGCGUUUCCCGCGUCCACAGUGACUCAACGCCACAUUUUUUUGAGUAGUGACUGUGUGUGUGCAGUACUGCAGUUGAAAGAGUUCAGAGAUCAGUAUGAAGAAGUUUCACAGGACAGUUUGAAGUUUGUCUUUCAUCUUCAGGGAGCAGCAGUAUGAAGUUUUGCUUUGACUUUCUGCAACGUGCUCUAAGCUCUUGAGGUCUUUGGGGAAGAGGUUCAACUGAGGAGGGGUGAAUGUUGAGAAGAAACAGGCGUUAUUCCGCAGCUCCACCUUCACAGAGACCCACAGCUACCGGAGAGGUCUGCGAUCAGGAUCAUUCAUUUGGUUCUUGGUGAAAUGAGGAUUUGCGUGGAGAGACGAGCAGACGUCGGCCUCAUGAGCGCCACGGCUUCAGAGGGUUCUUCUGCUCUGCUCCGUGUGAAAGAGUCUUCUGCAAAUGAAGGAGAUGAUCUCAUAUCUUUAAAUUGCAGCUCGCCUGACAGAGAAUCCCCUCGGACCCGUCUCCCGUUCGGUGCUUUGGAGGGCGGCCAGGAAAACUCAUCAGGCACAGAUCGCAGAACAUGGAAAUCAUUGGAUAUUCGGUCCAAGAGUUUGGACGGUUUGGAGGAGGCAUACAAGCCCAGAAGCUGCCGCUGCGGUGCUGCGAGUUACGGGGCAGAGGGAUCGUGCCUUUUCCAGAUGUGUGAGUUUUGCGAUCCAGUGGAAAGUAAAGUGGGUCAUCCAGAGAAUGGCUUUUCUGGAAAGGUAUCCCAACAGAGGAAAGUCGAGAAGAAAGCAGAUAGAUUUUCUUCCGAUGUAUUCCCUGGAGUACGGCCGACGUUACGCGGCUCAGAUGGAGCUCUGUGCCGGCCGGAACUUGGCGCGGCCCGGAAUGUUGACAAAAACCCAUUGCUCCGAGCGAUGGAUGUGAGGAGAUGCAGUCUGCCGGUCUCCUCGCCACGAAGGCCCCAUUGCACGAAUAUAUCUGGCUCUAGUGUUGAGAUACAUGAGAGAGCGGACUUGAAGUGUGCGCUGUGCCAUAAAAAUUUCUUCUCUAGUCUGGAAAGACUGAACAGGAAAAUCAAACCCAAGUGCUAUCUGAAGAGAUCUGUGCCCGUCAGGUUCUCUGUAGGCCAGGAGUGUAGUGACAAUGAGGGUACGGUGUCUGACAGCGAGUUUGUGCAAAGCAGGAAGGAACGCUCAACAGUUCUUGUCAGGAGAUACCUGAAGAACAACCAGAAGAUAAAGAAGACCGUGUCCACAGGGACUCGGGCUAUAGUGAGGAGCGGUCACAUCUCUGAAAGAGUCUGGCAGUGGUGUGUUUGUAGAAGAACAUGUCACCUGGGUAAGAUGUGUUCACAUGAGGACAGGAGAUACAGCAGAACUCUUCCCAAUGUUCAACUACAGGUUGCCAGAGCUCUUCUCGUCUGUCCAGGGUUCAGGUUUACACAGAUUGACCAUGUCAUUCCUGUCGUGAACGCUGAGGUCUUUCUCCUUCACCCAUCCAGAAAGCUUCUGGCUGAAGUGGUGUCAUGUUCACCAGUGUCCCAGCAGCAGGAGAUCAGAUUCUGGGCUUCUUCUCCUAGAACCAACAUUGCAUCUCAUCUGUGUGGAGCCCUGUUGGAGGCCACAGCCGCUCUCGGGGCUCGAACAUCUCUGUCCGGAUUCACCGCUGAGCCCACGGGUCGAGCUUUGUGGAAAGAACGGCAGUUGUGCAGCUCAAUGGCAAACUCCAGCAUCAUCCCGGCUGUUGUGACGGGCAUCAGUAAAGAGCUCGCUGACCUCCGUCAUCUCAUCCAGUUUCCGGAGGAGAUCGCCACCAUCCUGACAGAACAGGAGCAGGAGCUGUACCGCCGUGUCUUUCCUCUCGACUACCUCAGCUUCCUCACCAGAGACCUGAGCAUCCCAGAGUGGCCCAAACGUCAUCCUCACCUAAAGUCUUCAUUGUCUGCCCCCAUCAUGCCCACCCCGAAUCCCCUUCACAACACUGUGGAAGAUCUCAUCACAAGAUUCAAUGAGGUGAGUUCAUGGGUGACGUGGCUCAUCCUGACUGCUGGCUCCAUGGAGGAGAAGAGGGAGGUCUUCUCACACCUCGUACAUGUGGCAAAGUGCUGUUGGGACAUGGGCAACUACAACGCAGUCAUGGAGUUCCUGGCAGGUCUCAGGUCUCGUAAAGUGCUGAAGAUGUGGCAGUUCAUGGACCAGGCAGACAUUGAGAUCAUGCGUAGACUGAAAGAUGCCAUGGCUCAGCACGAGUCGUCAUCUGAAUACAGGAAAGUGGUGAAUCGUGCACUCAACAUCCCAGGAUGCAAAGUCGUUCCUUUCUGCGGUGUGUUUCUCAAGGAACUCAGUGAGGUUUUGGACGGCGCCGCCAGCAUUAUUGGUCUGCGUCCAUCUUUUGAUUCUCAAGAUGAUUCUGUUGAGUUUCUCUCAGACUACAAUGGCCAGACGCAUUUUCUGGAUAGAGCCGGAAGCGAUGGACUUCACAGCUCGGACAAAGAGACGACGGUCAGUAACAUACUGCAGACCAUUCGUAGCUGCAAUCGAAGCCUGGAGACCGAAGAGCCUGAGGAGAAACCUGGAGAAAUUAACGUUUGUCCCAAGAAUUCCUUCAAAGAGAAGAUCAAAAACCAGAGAUCUUCUGGUUCAGAUGGUGUUGUGUUUUUAGUGGGAGAUCUCUCCGAUUCAGAAGGAGACUCACUUGAUCCGGUGAAGGACGUAGACCUCCAGCCCACAGAGGAGGUGCGUGGACCGUUCACUCACGGUACAGAGCUCAUACCGUGGUACGUGCUCUCGCUGCAGCCAGAUCUCCAUCAGUUCCUGCUCCAGGGAGCGACGGUCAUCCGCUACGACCCGGAGAGUCACCUCACGGCCCGCUGCCUCCUCCGUCUGCAGCCGGAUAACUGUUUCCUUACCUGGACCAAACCUUACAGCAGUUGCGUCCACUUGCCUAUGGGCCAACCCGUGCACUGCGGACUGUCUGACGGUCUCCUGGAUCUUAAUGUAGUGAAGGCCGUGUUCAUGGGUCACCCCGCUGUGGAUGUUAACUACGUGUGCCUACAACACAAACUGUGCAACAUGAACGCCAGUGAAAACGCUCUUACGCUGCUGUAUGGACUUCACACUACAGACAACAGACUGCUUCACUUUGUUGCCCCCAAACACACGGCACGUAUGAUACACGAGGGCAUACAGGAGCUGCUCGGAGCCAUCAGAAAGAUCAGACGUUUUCCUGACCAACGGCUGCAGUGGCUGCGCAGGCAGUAUGUUAGCCUGUAUCAGGAGGACAGUAAAUUUGAAGGACCCACACUGGCCCAGGCCAUCGAGUUGUUCGGCGGUCGGCGCUGGAACAUGAGCACUGGUGGUCCUGCAUCUGUCAGCAAGAGUACAGAGAAGAACUCAGUCCAGAAGAGCAGUCCACUGGGUAUCAACUCCAACAUGAAGAAGAAGAAGAAAGCCUUAGUGAGGGGAGACAGUGGAGAAGGAACGGACGAUGAGAUGGUCUCACGGAAAACCAGGAGCUGUAAAGACUCUAUAGGGAGGAGAGACUCGGAUUCAUUAGAAAGUGUGGAGCAGCAGGAAGCUGUGGAGGACUGCAGCUCUUUUCUUGGACCCUUCUCCUUAUCUAACAGUAAAGUCCAGUCUCCUGGAUCUUCCUUGUCCAACUCCUCCUCAUCUUCAUCUUCAUCUGGCUCCUUCAGCACCUCAACCCCACCACACCCCCAUUCAUCUCCCAUUCUGCCCUGCAGCUCUAAAGGGCAACCAGGGGCCUGGAGCAGUCGCAGCUGGCACGGCCGAGGGAAAAGCUGCUUCAGGGGUUUCCAAGAUCUCAUGAUCUCUGACAGCAUCAUGAACUUUGUGGAGUUUGUGGAGCUCUUCAAAUCUUUUAGCAUUCGGAGUCGUAAGGACCUGAAGGAGCUGUUCGACACCUACGCCGUCCCAUGUGGUCGUUCUGGUCCUGAUUCUGUCCCUCUCUACACCACACUAAGGAUUGAUGACAAACUUACAGGACAUCAGCCAGAUCUCGAUCUGCUGACCCGCAAUGGUUCUGAUCUGGGUCUGUUCAUCCGGACACGCCAGCAGAUGUCUGACAACCAGAAGCAAAUCUCAGACGCUAUCGCUGCCGCUAGCAUAGUGACCAAUGGCACUGGAGUGGAGAACUCUUCACUGGGGGUACUGGGACUGACCAUCUCUCAGCUCAAUGACUUCUUAGUCAACUGUCAAGGAGAACAUCUGACCUAUGAUGAGAUCCUCAGCAUCAUACAGAAAUUUGAACCCUCUUCAAGCAUGCGGCAGAUGGGUUGGAUGUCCUUCGAAGGAUUUGCCAGGUUUCUGUUGGACAAGGACAACUUUGCCUGUCGAAAUGAAGAGUGUCAAGUGAAUCUGGAAGAGCUUCAGCAUCCGCUGUCAUACUAUUACAUCGAGUCGUCUCAUAACACGUAUCUGACAGGUCAUCAGCUGAAGGGUGAAUCUUCAGUGGAGCUCUACAGUCAGGUGUUACUGCAGGGCUGUCGAAGUGUUGAGCUGGACUGUUGGGAUGGAGAUGACGGCAUGCCUGUUAUUUACCAUGGACAUACUCUCACGACUAAGAUUCCCUUCAAGGAUGUUGUUGAAGCCAUCAAUCGCACAGCCUUUGUAAACUCAGAUAUGCCUGUGAUUCUGUCCAUUGAAAACCACUGCUCACUACCACAGCAACGCAAAAUGGCUGAGAUUUUUAAGACGGUGUUUGGAGAGAAGCUGGUUACUAAAUUCCUGUUUGAAAGUGAUUUCGCGGAUGAGCCUCGUCUCCCAUCCCCUCUGCAGCUCCGCAGGAAAAUCCUCCUGAAAAACAAGAAACUGAAAGCCCAUCAGGCUCCAGUGGACAUCCUCAAACAGAAGGCACAUCAGCUGGCUCAUAUGCAGGCGCAGGCCAACAGCAGCACAGUCACAGGACAUAAUGACGAAGAAGAAGAGGAAGAAGAUGAAUAUGAUUAUGAUUACGAGUCGUUGUCUGAUGCUGAUGUCCUCAGUGCAUUUACUGCUUCCUAUGGCCAGGAAGACAAUAUUCUGGAUGACAAACCCGAGAGCAGGUCAUCCACUGAGAAACUUCAGUAUGAAUCCAAUGACGACAUGCCCAGACGCUUUAAGAAAGCCGGAAGCAAAGGAAAGAUGUUUGACAUGGAGCUGGGAGAGGAGUUUUAUCUUCCUCAGAAUGAGAAAGAGAGCAGACAGAUCGCUCAAGAGCUUUCAGAUCUCAUCAUCUACUGUCAGGCCGUCAAAUUUCCAGGCCUGUCCACGCUCUCCCCGUCAGCCUCUGCGAGGGGAAAGGACAGAAAAAGCCGGAAAUCCAUCUUUGGCAGCGCUCCUGCCCGCGGGAGCCCCGGGGAGUCUGUGACGUUGAUCCGAGCUCCAGGAAAAGCCAGCGUGGACAGCACUCGUAUGAGCUGGGAAGAUCAAUCGCCGCAGACGCUGAGUCCGAGCACAUCUCUCAGUGCCAUCAUCCGCACACCAAAAUGUUAUCACAUCUCCUCUGUGAACGAGAACGCAGCCAAACGUUUGUGUCGACGAUACUCACAAAAACUCAUCCAGCACACCAGCUGUCAGCUCUUGAGGACGUAUCCGGCCGCCACGCGCAUCGACUCGGCCAAUCCCAAUCCACUGCUCUUCUGGCUGCAUGGGAUUCAACUGGUCGCUCUCAAUUACCAGACUGAUGAUCUGGCCAUGCAGUUGAAUUCGGCUCUAUUUGAAUCGAAUGCUCGCUGUGGUUACAUUCUUAAACCAGCGGUUCUGCGGGACCCGAGCUGUCCGCUCUAUCAGCAGUUCUGCCCACUGGACCGAGACCUGGAGAACAUAAACCCCGCCCUCUAUUCUCUCACUAUCAUGUCAGGACAGAACGUAUGUCCGGGGAACUCGAACGCCAGUCCUUAUGUGGAAGUGGAAGUGUUGGGAAUGCCGGCGGAUAGCUGUCAUUUCCGUACCAAACCUAUCCACCGCAACACUCUGAAUCCCAUGUGGAACGAGCACUUUCAGUUUAAUGUGUACUUUGAGGAUUUGGCAUUUCUGCGUGUGGCUGUGGUGGAAAAUAACAGCUCACAGGUGACGGCUCAGAGGAUUUUACCCAUCAAAAGCCUUAAAACAGGUUACAGACAUGUGCAGAUGAAGAACCAGCACAAUGAACCUCUGGAGAUCUCCAGUCUGUUCAUCUUCAGUCGCAGGACAGAGGAGAGUUCUGCUGGAGGAGCUCAGCCUGCAUCUAUGAUGUUCAGCACAGAUGAGAAACGAGCCGCUCAGCAUCAUAAGGUGACGCUUCAUGGAGUCCCAGGUCCUGAACCCUUCAGUGUUGUGUCUGUCAAUGAUCAAACCACAGCUAAACAACUCCUGGAGUCUCUGUUUCCACAUGGUUCCUCUAAAUAUUUCCUGAUGGAGGAGAGACGGCCGUUGUCUAGAGAGAAGAGAGCGGCUCAUGAACGUCCUCUGUCCAGUGAUGAGACGCUGUUGAAAGUUCUUCAGAGCUGGCAGCUGGAUGAUGGAUAUGUGUGCAGAAUAAACCUGAGGACCAGAGAGGAGAACAUGAAUGAGAAGAAUGGGUUGCCGGAGGGUACGGAGGAGGUGAGCAGUACAGAGGAUGGGACCUUUCUAGUGCAGGUCCAUGAUGUUUCACCCGAACAGCCUCACACGGUCAUCAAAGCCCCACGUUACAGCACAGCGCAGGACAUCAUCCAACAGACCCUGAGCAAAGCCAAAUACUCGCUGAGCAUCCUGAGUAACCCAAACCCAAGCGACUACGUCCUGAUGGAAGAGCUGACUAAAGACGCCACAGGGAAGAAGUCCUCGUCGGGGAAAGCGUGUCAGCGUGUCUUGCAGGAUCAAGAGUGCGUGUUUCAGGCUCAAAGUCGCUGGAAAGGAGCUGGACGCUUCAUCCUUAAACUCAAAGAGCAGAUUGCUCGUGACGACAGACGUAAGGGUGUGUCAUUCGCCAGCGAGCUGAGAAAGCUGACAGGCCGAAGUCGUAGUCUGACGGUGAAUGCAAACGGUCCGGCGCUUCAAGAGACGACACACAGAUGUGUGUCGAAGGCUGGGCUGAUGGAGGAAUGCUUGGGUUCUCAGAGGCCGUGUGUUUCCAAGUGUGGCGUUGAACCUCCAGCCUCCUCCUGGUUCAUCUCACUGCUGUGGAACUGGAAGCUUCACAAAUGAAUCCAGGACUACAGCAGCAGCGCCCUCUCUAGUGUUCACUACUCUCACAUGAUGUGUGAGCGUUCACCUGUUAGUGCUCACCACUAAGAACUACACUGUUAAACGUGUGUUCAGAGCAUGUGCUUGGAUGACUACAGGGCUGGAGAGAUGUUUGACCUAACAUGGACAGUCUUCAGUUGAGCUGUGCAGCUAGAUGUUCUUCACCUGAGCUGUUGGGCUGGAUGUUUUUGAGUUGAGCCGUUUGGCUGUAUGUUCUUCAGUUGAUGUUGUUGGGCUGGUUGAUCUUCAGCAGAUGUUCUUCAGUUGAGAUCCAUCUCAUUUUGAUGGACAGUGAGAUUAAAGCAGGAGUUUGCAGUAUUAUUCUUUUUCUGUGGUCCUGAUUUAACAGUACUGCAAUGGAUCAAUGCAUUUGUAUGCAUUACGUUGUAUUUUGUGGUUUUACACAUUGUGUGUUGUUACUUGGAAUAGUGAAAUAAAUGAAAUGUCCCCGGGUCUUCACAGUUUGUUAGAAGAGCUUAUAACACUGAGCCAGUUUGACUUUGCACCCCUUUAUUGGCUAUUUUUAUUGGAUUGAUUUGGUUCAGUGUGUGUACAGCAGCUCAUUGAAGUUGUUUUAUGUAAUGGCACAUUUGCUGCAUGUUAAUGACCAACAGCAGAAAAAAAAGAUUUUCUGUUUUUGUGCACGAAUGUGUUGGAUGAAACCCGUAUGUGCUUGUCUUUUCUUGAACUUUUAAUUGUUUUUUAACAUUUAAUUUUUUUUGCACAAACUGAACAUGAUUGUGAAAUGUGCUGUUCAGGCAUUCAAAUUAAAAGUAUAAACUUGCAGUACAAUUAUAUUUACCAAACUAAAACCAUCAUGUUAAACUCGUGUUUAAAUAAAGUGCGAGCUUUUUAUCCUAUAGAUCCUCUAUAAGAAACAGAUGCCCAUGAUCGUUUCUGUUAGUAAUGUCAUUUUUUGUUAUUCCCAUGAUUUUAAGAGUCAUCUAAAGUUCAGUGCGCCAGUUUCUUUCUUUCUUUCAGUGAAAUAUUUCAUAAUAUAAUUUAUUUAUAGCCCAGGUUGGCUGUACAUUCAGUGUAUAUAAAUGAGAGGUAAUUAUGAAAUCUACAUUUAUUUAUUUUUAGGGGCAUGAAUGUUGCUCCAGUCUGUUCAUAUACUGUAUUUAUGUAUAAUGUAGAUUUUCAGAGCUGUCUUUAGGUAUUAAAUACUUUGACUUUAAUCGUGUUUAUUUUACUGUGGGCCACUAUUUUACUUUACAUGUUAUCUUGUCUUUUCUAUGAAUAUUCCACUACUGCUUUAUUUUGACCAAGAUCCUUUAAAGUGAAAUGACAGUUUGUCUUAUUGGGGUUAAAAAGCAGCUUAAAUGUUUUAUUGCAGUGGUUUCAGCACUUGUAAAAUAAUGUAUUGUCAAUUUUGUGAUGUCAGUACUGAAUUAUUAUUGUCAACCUGCACCAACUGCUUAAUAAAACUUUCUUUGGUGAAA